AUGGAAUUGGCUGAAGCAGUGCGGAGUCUAAGAGAAGGCGUGUGGAGUGUCUGUGUGAUGUACUGGCUUCACGAACAGAUGCUAGCUAAGACCCUUCCCCCUCUAGCCAAGACCCUUCCCCCUCUAGCCAAGCCCCUUCCCCCUCUAGCUAAGACCCUUCCCCCUCUAGCCAAGACCCUUCCCCCUCUAGCCAAGCCCCUUCCCCCUCUAGCCAAGACCCUUCCCCCUCUAGCCAAGCCCCUUCCCCCUCUAGCUAAACCCCUUCCCCCUCUAGCCAAGCCCCUUCCCCCUCUAGCCAAGACCCUUCCCCCUCUAGCCAAGCCCCUUCCCCCUCUAGCUAAGACCCUUCCCCCUCUAGCCAAGAACCUUCCCCCUCUAGCCAAGCCCCUUCCCCCUCUAGCCAAGACCCUUCCCCCUCUAGCCAAGCCCCUUCCCCCUCUAGCUAAACCCCUUCCCCCUCUAGCCAAGCCCCUUCCCCCUCUAGCCAAGACCCUUCCCCCUCUAGCCAAGCCCCUUCCCCCUCUAGCUAAACCCCUUCCCCCACUAGCCAAGCCCCUUCCCCCUCUAGCCAAGACCCUUCCCCCUCUAGCCAAGCCCCUUCCCCCUCUAGCUAAACCCCUUCCCCCUCUAGCCAAGCCCCUUCCCCCUCUAGCCAAGCCCCUUCCCCCUCUAGCCAAGACCCUUCCCCCUCUAGCCAAGCCCCUUCCCCCUCUAGCUAAACCCCUUCCCCCUCUAGCCAAGCCCCUUCCCCCUCUAGCUAAGACCCUUCCCCCUCUAGCCAAGACCCUUCCCCCUCUAGCCAAGCCCCUUCCCCCUCUAGCUAAACCCCUUUCCCCUCUAGCCAAGCCCCUUCCCCCUCUAGCCAAGACCCUUCCCCCUCUAGCCAAGCCCCUUUCCCCUCUAGCUAAACCCCUACCCCCUCUAGCCAAGCCCCUUCCCCCUCUAGCCAAGCCCCUUAGCCCCUCUAGCAAAGCCCCUUCCCCCUCUCGCUAA